UCAGGGGCGGGGCAAGCGGGGCUCGGCCAGUAGCGGGAGGCGCCAGCGUCAGGCGCCCAGCUGGUGGUCCCCGCGGUGGCCGCUGCCCGGUGCGCAGGCUGAGGAGGGAGUGCGGCCCCCAGCCCGCCGGCCGCGCUCCGCCCCACCCCGCCCGCCCGCCCGCGGCCCCGCGUCAUGCCCGCCGCUGCUCCCCGCUAGCGCCCCGGGUCCGCUGCCCGCCUGCCCGAAGCCGCGCCCACUACCCAGAGCCAGAGGGAUGGUGGUAGUCACGGGGCGGGAGCCAGACAGCCGUCGCCCGGACGGUGCCAUGUCCAGCUCCGACGCCGAGGACGACUUUCUGGAGCCGGCCACCCCGACGGCCACGCACUCGGGGCACGCGCUGCCCCUGCUGCCCCAAGAGUUUCCUGAGGUUGUUCCUCUUAACAUUGGAGGGGCUCACUUCACCACACGCCUGUCCACCCUGCGGCGCUACGAGGACACCAUGCUGGCGGCCAUGUUCAGCGGGCGGCACUACAUCCCCACCGACGCCGAGGGCCGGUACUUCAUCGACCGGGACGGCACGCACUUCGGAGACGUGCUGAACUUUCUGCGCUCCGGGGACCUGCCGCCCCGGGAGCGAGUGCGGGCUGUGCACAAGGAGGCCCAGUACUACGCCAUCGGGCCGCUCCUGGAGCAGCUGGAGAACAUGCAGCCCCUGAAGGGGGAGAAAGUGCGUCAGGCAUUCCUGGGACUCAUGCCCUAUUACAAAGACCAUUUGGAGCGGAUUGUGGAGAUUGCCCGGCUACGCGCAGUCCAGCGGAAGGCCCGCUUCGCCAAGCUCAAGGUCUGUGUCUUCAAGGAGGAGAUGCCCAUCACCCCCUACGAGUGUCCACUCCUCAACUCUCUGCGCUUCGAACGGAGUGAGAGUGACGGGCAGCUCUUUGAGCACCACUGUGAAGUGGACGUGUCCUUCGGGCCCUGGGAGGCUGUGGCUGAUGUGUAUGACCUGCUGCACUGCCUGGUCACGGACCUGAAAGCCCAGGGCCUGGUCGUGGACCACCAGUGCAUUGGGGUGUGUGACAAACACCUCAUCAACCACUACUACUGCAAGCGCCCCAUCUAUGAGUUCAAGAUCACGUGGUGGUGAGUAGUCCUGGUAGGGAAGAGAGCCCCAUCAGGGAGGGUGUCCAAUUCCCUUCGUGGCUCUGGGAGUCAGAUCCCUGGAAGGGCUCCUGACUGCCCCAGAACCCGCGGAGGUGAGGACUGAGUCCGGAGGCACAGCUCCAAGUGGACGGAGGUGCAGCUCUAGUCUCCCCUGCUACUCCUUGGGGUCAGGCUCAGGGCUUGUGGCCCACGGAUCCCGGUACCUGAACUUACCUGGCCUUUCCUCCGGGCAGGGCAGUCUUUACCUGAGGUCAGUGAGUCUGGCUGCCUUGAGGUUGGCCAGGAAGUCCAGAGAGGUUUUGUUACUUUCUUGACUUUGCAAGAGAGUUUCUGCCCUUUUUAGAGCCACAUUGCCAAAAUAAUUGUAGGCACAAUCACUUCCUCGACCCUGUGCAGGUAUUCCUUCCUUAUGGUCAGUGUAUGUAUGAACAUAGGACAUGAUGGGGGAUUUUAACCCAGAUAGCCAAUCCACAGUCUCUGACUGAAGAAGGAGCACCUUCUCUCUCUCCUUCCCCAAGAACAGCCCCCCACUUUGUGUUAGGAUGUGAAAAGACGCUUUCCUCCCAAAAUGUAUUCUUCACCACUUUUUGGAGAUGUAACCAUAGUUGCCAAAACUAUGCACCAGGUGGGCCUUAAAAAAGCACAAUGUUUACAGCCCUGCUCUGGGCCUCGGCUGCUUCCAUCUUCCACCAACCUUCCUCGCUUGCAGGGUUACCUUCUCACAGGGCUGGAUUAUACAUUUCAGAGACGCCUUUUGAAGAUUCUCUCAGUCAAGCAGGCAAGUUGUCUACAUCUUAUCUUUGAGAUGCCACAUCCAUUCUGGAAGCUCAGAAUGCCUCUUUGGCUGCCAUUUCAUCUGUCAGGAUCCAGUUUGUGGUGAACUCUUUGAUGGGAGCCCCUUUUUAAAAAAAAUCUUUUUAUGUUUUAAUUACAGUUGACAUAUUUUAUUAUAUUAAUUUCAGGUGUACAGCAUAGUGGUUAGACAUUUAUCUACCUUACAAAGUACCC